AGUAGAGACCGUUGCUGAUGGGCGUAUCAACCCAAUAAUGUCCGAAUGGAUGUGAAAAAUAAGGAUGCGUCCACCAUCAUCCCAACAGCCCCGGGAAUUUAGUGAUUCACCAGGCCGUACCGCAGGUUAAUCCCGACAUUUGACGAUGGACUCUUCCUCUUCUUCUCCCCCACUUCAAAAUUGCCACGCCAAUCAUCCCGCAACUUGUCCACUUCUCGUUAAUCACCAUAAUCACCAUCAGUGUCUUCAUCAAGCCUCAAACGUUGAGGCCACUCCAGCAUGAAUCCUCAGAAUCAUCGAGCCCACCAGUCACUCGUCACAAAUUACCAGCCGAUCCUUGAGUUGGCAUUUGACAAAAUGCCAGUCACCAUAGCUCAUCGUCCACAAAUAUUGUGGUCAUAGCAGUCACAUCGAGCAGCAUUCAGCAUUCACCAUUCUGACGGCACCACGGGCAUCAAUAUCUUCUCAUUAAUCCAGGGGAGGAUCCUGCUCGUGUCAUUGAUCCACUUAUCAGUUCCACCAGUCCGGUAUCAACUAAUCUGGCAUUCACGGAGGUAUUCGUCGAGCAAUGUGUGUUCACAUAACUCUGUUGCUCACUUGUCAAUGUGGCAGCAUCCCGAUCCUCGGAAAAUGCAGAUCAACCUCACGGGUUUUCUCAAUGGAAAAAAUGCUAGGUCCUUCAUGGGAGAAUUGUGGGACCUACUGGUCUCUGCACAGGAAAGUGUCACAGGAAUUCCUGAGGCAUUUUUACAACAGAAGAAAGAUCAGAUUAAAAAACGAUUGGAGGAGCAAGAAAAACUUCAGGCAUCAAUUGCCGAGAAGGAAAAGGAGAAGGAAAAGGAGAAAGAUGAUGCUGAUAAAGUGAAGAAAGAGGAGAAGGACCGGGGUGGCUCUAAAGAAAGAAAACGAGAGAGGAGUCGAGAUCGUGACAGAGAUAGGAGUAAGAGGAGUCGUUCCAGGGAUCGUCAUCGCGACAGAGAUCGUUCCAAUCGCAAACACACAUCUAAAUCACCCAGCAAACCAUCAACGAAAGAUAAUGGCAAGGAGAUGCCCGAUAUGAAAAGCGAAAAAGAUGGAUCGCCUCAUUUGGAAAACGUUAUCCCCAUGAUGCCUAUGAAAACUAAACCAGAAGCAGCUGUAGCGAUUUCUCGACUACAAGCGAAACUGAUGAGCAUAGCGGACGGUAAAAAGAAGACAAAUCGUUCUCCCUCCCCGGAAAAUGAAAAGAGCGCACCAAGAAGUGGCUCAAAGUCACCAGUGAAGUCUAAGAAAUCGAGAUCAAAAUCUCCCGUAUCGAAGAGCCGAAAGUCUCGUUCACCAGUGUCAAAGACACGCAGAUCGAGAUCAAAGAAUCGUCAUUCAAAAUCAAGAUCGGUGGAUCGUUCAAAAUCCAGAAGAACAAAAUCAAAAUCACCAUCGAGACACUCACGCUCACGCUCACGCUCCAGGAGCAAUGCGCGAAAUAAAUCACGUAAAUCACGCUCUGAUUCGAGUGACUCAAGAUCGAGCAAAUCGCGCUCCAAGUCACCCGAUAAGCGUCGAGACCAUGGAAAGAGAAAUGCAAGUACUAGCAGCAGUUCUGACAGUGACAGGGGAAAAGAUAAGAAUGAUUUUGAGAUUAGAAAGAAGAAGGAUGGCAUCCAAGCGAAGAGAUCCUAUCGUAAAACUAAUAAGGACGAUAGUGCGAGUGACAGUGACUCUAGCCGUGAGAGAAAAUCUGGAGGAAAGAGGAGGAGUCCAUCCCCGAGGAAAGAUCGCGAUAGGUCCAAGGAACGAGACCGGUCACGAAAUCGAUCCCGCGAUAGGAAUCGGAGGCGAUCAUCGCUGGACAGAGAGAGAGACAGGAGGCGCGAUCACGACAGAGACAGGGACAGGGAUCGUCCGGAGAGAUAUAGUGGGACUCGCAGUAUGAGACCUCCAUCCUCUCGCAGAGCCCCAAGCUGGCGAAGAAGUUCACCUCGUAGAUCACCCCCACGAUAUCGUCGUCGAUCCCCGAGCCCAGGACGUCGCCGACGCUCACCCGAUCGUCGGCGUCGUUCCCCAGAGCCUCGUAACAGCCGGCGUCGCUCACCGGACAACCGUGACAGACUUAGCAGGUACGAUAGAUCAUCAUCACGUGAUAGAUCUAGUCGACGUGAUAACUCGAAAAAUCGUCGCGACAGGGAACGUAAGUCGCGCUCUAAAGAGCCAACAUCCUCACUCGAUCGUUCCAAAGAGACUAAAAAAUCGCCGGAUCAGUCUAAAGACAUUAGGGACAAAUUUAAGGACAAGCGAGGCAUUACUGAUGAGAAAGCCAAAGAGCCUGUUAUUCCUCAGCGAAAGGAAUUGAAAAAUGGAAUGUCCAAGUCGAGUAGCUCCGAUAGUAGCGAGAGUAGUUCCUCCAGUGAUGGAGAACAGCCCAUUAGAAAAUCACCGGAAGGCAAAUCAUCCCACGAUCAACGGGAUCAACGUGACAGGGAAUUAAGAGAGCAACGAGAGCGUGAACACGCGGAGGAGCUGAAGAGACGGGAGAAGGAGAGACUCCUGAAGGAAGAAGCUGCAAAACGUCAGGAGAAAGAGAGCAAGAAAAUUGAGACAGUGGCAGCGAAAAAGACAGAUAUUCCCGUGAAGAAAUCUGUUUCAUCGUUGCCACUGUCGAGGCAUCGAUUCUCUCAGAGUCUUUCCCGUACCCCAUCACCAUUCAAGAAGACCGAGGACAUAAUUGCAGCUGCCUCAAAAUCAAAGUUAGUGCCAAAAGAUGGGAAGGAGGAUUCCCCCAAGACUGGGACGACAGCUGAGACUUUCCAGCUGCGAAAGGACGAGAGAUCAAUGAAAGCAAUGAAGCCUUUGGUGGAUGAGAAGAAGGGAGUGAAGCCUCUGGAGGCGUCAGUCCUUAAGAAAUCUUUGGAGAGUGUCAAGAAAAUGAGGAAGGAUCGAGACGAUUCUUCGGACUCUGAUGACAGUGAGGAGGAGGUCAGAAAGAAGCAGAGGAAGUCUGAGAAGUCAAGAAAAUCACGUAAAGAUUCUAGUGAUGACGACCAUUCAGAUAAAGGGAGCAGCUCUGAUUCCGAGGACGAGAGGAAACAUUCAGAUUUGAAAAGAAAUAAAGAUGCCCCACGAAUCGACUCAAUUGAUGAUCGCUCGAAAGAUAAGAAGGACGUUAAAAAGCGUGACGUCAGUCUCAGUGACUCUCGGCGAAGAUCUAAAAAAGAAAUUGAUGAAGAAUUGAAGAAAUCUAGAAAAUCGAGGAAGGACUCAUCCUCGGAUGACGAAGAGCCGAAAUCUAAAAAAUAUAAGAGUGAGGAGGACAAAGCCAAGUCGAGAAAAUUGAAAAAAGAUUCUAGCUCGGAUGACGAGCCGAAGAAAUCUAGGAAACGACGUGACAGUUCCUCGGACGUUGACAAGUCGAGAUCGAGAAAAAUGCAGAAAGAAUUGAUUACUGAUGACGAGGGCAGACCCAAAGUGAAAAAAUCACGCAGAGACUCGAGUUCUGAGGAUGAGGAGGUUCCUGAUAAGGACGCGAAGAAGAAACGAAAGGUCGAUGACAGCUCAGACGAGGAGAAAGCCAAGAAAAAGAGGAAGAAAAAGUCUAAGACGAGUUCAACUGAGUCAGAGGAUAGCGAGGUAGAGGAGAAGAAGAAGAAAAAGGAUAAGAAACAUAAAAAACAUAAGAAGCAUAAGAAGCACAGGAAGCACAAGAAGAAGAAGCAAGCGGAUUCAGAGGAAUCUGAAGCGAGUGAAGGUAAUACCGAAGAGCUUGAAAAAAAACUUCGUGAAAAAGCAUUGAAAUCAAUGAAAAAGGCACACAGUAUGGACGGAAGCGACUGAACAUUCUGUUUUUUUCCUUUUUUUUUUCUUUUAAUAAAAUUAACAACGUAUACUAGAAAUCGUAUGGGAUUAUUUUACGAUGUAAACUUGGAGUGACGAGAAAUAAGAGAACAAUGAUUUUGAUGUUGUCUACUGGUAAACUCACUUAACUCUGGACCCAUAAAUACACGAAUUAACAAUAAUUGGUCCCCAGAGAGUUGAGUGUGAUCUUCAUCAUAAUAAAAAUAAUGUCAAGUGAACUUCUGUAAAAUGAUGAAUGAAUAUUUAAUCACUGCAAUAACGAUGUCCAUAUUCGAAUUUGUAAAUUGCAACAAUGAACUUUUGCAAUUAAACUGUAGAAAUUUAGGAUCACAUCUUAAUCCCCAUUGUCAUAAAUAAAUGAUUAUAAAUA